UUCCGCACCAGUGAGAUAAUAUCCGUCACCAUGGGCCAGAUCGAAGAACUCCCCGACGACUUCGACGAGUCGCUCAACUUGAACAAGCAAACUCCCGAGACGCAAGAUGCCCCGUCGGCGAAAGAGGUCGAGACCUCAUUCCCGGUGAAUAAAGAGCGAGCGGAGCAAUUCGAGAAGGAGAAUCCGGACGCGCCGAAGAUGCCGCCUGCGAUGGAGGCUGUGCGGUCGCAUACGACAGACGAGCUUGUGGACAUGAUGAACAAAACGCCCUUGUUUAUGACGGAUAUUGACAAGGCGGGGGAUGAGAAUGGCGAGAAUGUGUUUUUAGAUGCCCUCCACGCGUUGCAGAAUGAGGGUACCCGCGGAGAAGUCGCCCAGAACUUCCGCGAACAGGGUAACGAAGCUGCGAAGGAGUUGCGGUGGAUCGAUGCCAAGGAGUUCUAUACGAAGGCUAUUGCCGUUGUCUUCGCGAAGGAGGAUAAGUGGGAGAAGCCGGAGGAUUUGGAUGCGGAGCAGAAGUUGCUGCGCCAGGUUGAGGAGGCGUCUCAUAUCAAUCGCGCGUUGUGUAAUCUGGAGCUGGGAAAUUACCGGCAAUGUACGCUUGACUGUGCCGCGGCUCUCAAGCUGAAUCCGACGAAUAUCAAGGCGUUCUAUCGUUCCGCCAUGGCUUGUCUGAAGCUCGAUAAGAUCGCUGAGGCUGAGGAUGCGGCAAAGCGGGGCUUGGCUAUCGAUCCCAACAAUAAGUCUCUUCAGAUGGCGGCCGAGAAGACCGCUGAGCGCAAGGCUGUCAUCGAGCGCCUCGCUGCUAAGCGCAAGGCGGAGGAAGAGAGAAAGAGCAAGGAGAAGCAGUUGCUUGAUGUUGCACUGAAGGCUAGAGAGAUCAGGACCCGCAAAACGGACAAACCGGCCGACUUGGACGAUGCGGUGAUUCGUCUUGUCCCCGAUCCUCUCUCUCCCGAGAGCACGUUGGAGUUCCCUGCUGUGUUCCUCUAUCCCAUGGAUGCCCAGUCGGACUUCGUCAAGGCGUUUUCUGAAAUGCACAGCGUUGAGGACCAUCUCGAAUACAUCUUCCCCUUGCCGUGGGAUACAAAGAACGAAUAUACCAUUAACAAUGUGGACUGUUUCAUGGAGACUGCGACUGGAGGAUUGAUCAAGGCCGGGAAGAAACUGCCACUUCUGCAGAUUCUUAGCGGCAGCAAGGUUGAAGUUGUGGAUCAAUUGGUGAAAUUUUUCAUUGUGCCGACCGCGAAGAGUGGCCAAUUCAUUGCGGAAAUAAAGAGGAGGAAGCAGGGUUGAGAAUGUUUCCCUGGUUUUUCCUGGAAGCCAAAGAGCUACUCCUCCCCGAGACUUGAGGCAUCAGCGAGAUGGUCGUUAGGCUGUGAGUGCGGAUGGCAGACCUGCAUCUGACUGUGGAGUUCUUCCGCCAACGACCAUCAGUGCUUCACCACAUGGACACAAGUGUGUGCCCAUACAGCUCUCAGGUGUGAAUAUGGACCUCCGCUAUUCCAGCUCGGGUCCACCUGUUCAUAGGAGCCAUGCAGUUCGUCUGAUCAUGCUCCAAACAUGCGUGGGGAACAUAGACCGAAUGCCGUUAUGAUGAUGACAAUAUAUUAGUUCGUACAUUAUUAGA